CGUUUUCCAACUUCCAUCACAUAAACAAGAUCAGAAAAAUAUUAUGGAUAGGUUUGAUGAUACAUCUGGACACCUUCUAAUGCACUGGAAUGACUUUGUUCUUCCGGAUUACAUCGAGCAUGGGGCCGACUUUGACCCCUUUGCGGCACUUGUUCCUGAAGAAACCCUCCCGAUGCAUGGUACUGUGUCCGGUCCUGGUUAUAUUGAUGGCGUGAGGGUUGAUAGCCAGUUCGGUCCUGUCCCAGAAGACAUGUUUGGAGUUAAUGAUCCUAGGUUUGAGAAUACGAAUUUCGUUCUCAAUGGGCUCCCUGGGGGGUUCGAGGAAGACAUGAAGAAUGGAGAAGAAGACGGAGUUGAUGAUGAUGAUGAGGAGGAAGAUUAUUCAUCUGCCACGACCACAACCGCAAACACGACUUCUGCCACUACUACUUCCAGUCCGAGGACACCAACCAAGAAGACGAAACCUGACCGGUCGAGGACAUUAGUUUCAGAAAGAAGGAGGAGGGGACGGAUGAAGGAGAAGCUCUAUGCAUUGCGUGCCCUGGUCCCUAACAUAACCAAGAUGGACAAGGCCUCCAUUGUCGGAGAUGCUGUGCUCUAUGUGCAAGACCUUCAAAUGCAAGCUAAGAAGCUGAAAGCCGAGAUUGCAGGCCUCGAAGCAUCCCUAGCAAGACCCCAGAAAUUGCACCAGGGCCAACCUGAAAUGCGCUCGAAGAAUAUUCACCAAGCACCGAGGAGUACCAUCCCUACACCCCGAAAGAUAUUGCAGAUGGACAUGUUCCAAGUGGAAGAGAGAGGUUUCUAUGUGCGACUAGUUUGCAACAAAGGAGUUGGAGUCGCGGUUGCCCUCUACAAGGCCCUGGAGGCUCUAACCAGCUUCAAUGUCCAGAGCUCCAACUUGGCUUCAUCCUCUUUUUCUGACAGAUUCAUACUCACUCUCACUUUGAAUAUCAAAGAAGGUGAACCUGAUAUGAACCUGCAGAAUCUGAGGCUGUGGAUUACCGGGUCUUUGUUGAACCGAGGGUUUGAGCUCAUCCAAACGGCUUGAAUCAAUUCUUAACUUGGAAUUUCCGAAUCAUACAGGUCAUUCGAUGAUAUCUAGCAGUAUAACAUUCUCUCAUCAGCUUAGCCUUACUGAACUCGCUCUCAUGGUCGUCACAUCGGCUUUUCAAUAACCCGAACGGACGAGAAGAGUGACUGAUCUUUAAGAGUUGACUUUAAAAAUACUAAAGUCCACCAUUUGAAGUUUCUUUUUUAUAGAGUUUACCGCGAAAGUCUGUUACGACAUGAUUGGCUAAGAUGCAUUUUUAUGGAAUAUAUUUCGUACAUCUUCCCCUUCAAGUUCUUCCUAACAAGAAGUAUUGGAGAUAUAGAUAUUGUCAAACUUAUCCUCCUUCCGAAAUGAUUAAAGUCAACUGAUAUAUUCAUGGGGUUCUGCCCUUCAAGUGGAUCUCAGUUCCCAGCCACUGAUUAUAAGAUAAUUUUAUUUAAUUUGCUUGUGGGUUUUUGCAUUAUUGGGUGGAAGUCAGCUUCAUUGUACUUGUACAAAUCA